AUGAAGCCAAUCUCAUCCAUACAAGCUAACUCAGAGACCAUAAAGUCACCUGACAAGUACCAAGGAUGGUUAAAAAAACUUGGUGGAAAACUAAAAAUUUGGAAAGAAAGAUAUUAUGUUUUAACAGAUACACAUCUUUACUAUUAUACUGGAACUGACAGAAAAAAACUUCUGGGUGAAUUUUGUUUAGAUUUCGCACAAAUAGAAUCCGAUACUGGUGAUUUAGAAUAUAAUGGGGAUAAAUCAUGUUUAUUACUACUUAAAAUUUACGGUUCUUCAUCACUACAAAACAAUCCUCAUCAUAAUGAUCAUUCACAACAACAACACCACCAAAAUCAAUACCAACAGGUAAUACUUUGUGCCCCUAAUCCACGUGAAAGAAAGUUAUGGUUAAGAGCAAUACGAAAAGUUCUGUACCUACAUUACGGUGGUGCUUUGUUUGGGACACAUUUGGAUGAAGUAUUCCCUUAUACAAAAAGUGACAAUGAAUUUCUACCUCGAAUAGUAUAUGAAACUGUACAAUUUAUUCGAGAGAAUGGAUUAGAUACAGAAGGAAUUUUCAGAAAAUGUGGAAAACAGAAUUCAAUUCAAUCACUAGCUGAUUUAUAUGAUUUAGCAUGUCCAGGACCAAUUCUUAUUCCUAAUGAACAUGAUGUUCAUCUUGUUUCAGGAUUAUUAAAAUAUUAUUUAAGAGAAUUACCUGAACCAGUUAUACCAUAUAAAUAUUAUGAUAAAUUAAAAGCUGCUGGCUAUCGUAUAGCUGAUGGUAAAGAAUUAUCUGAUUUUAUUAAUUUGUUUGACAAUUUACCAUCACCUAACUACAAUCUACUCAAAUAUUUAUGUGAAUUUCUUUAUGAGGUAUCUGAACAUGAAAAACAAAAUCGAAUGUCUAUAGCUAGUUUGGCUAGCAUGUUUGCACCAAAUUUUUUACGUCAACAAGAUGAAGAUCCAUAUAUUGAAAUGUCAGCAUCACAACUCAUCAAUCAUACAGUGACUGAAUUUAUAAAAGCAUAUCAAGUUUUAUUUCCCCAUGAAUUGAAAUCACCUAAUUGGGAUAAGCUAAACAUAAAUAAUCAUAAUAUACAUAUAUUACAUAAUCAUAAAGAUUUAAAUACACUACCAGUAGACUUUAAAAGAAUACAAACUCAAAUGAAUUCCUCAGUGUCUAGAUGUAAAACCACAAAUGAUCGUGAUACAUUGAUGGGAAGAAGUCAGAAUUCAUUUACAGAAUCUGUUAUUUAUGAAAGUCCGAAAAAUUCCCCUUAUCACUCGUUAGUAAAUUCCAGUAACUAUAAUAGUAGCAUUAUUCAUUAUCAUCAUCAUGAGAAUGGUAGACAUCAUCAUGCUACUACAACAACAGUAACUACUACUACUACUAUUUCUAAUAGCAAUAAUAACAAUAAACGACAUAAUAAUGUCAUUACUAAUCCUAUUGAUAAUAUACAUCAAUAUAAUUAUAAUUCUAUUUUAUUAGAUAAUGCCAAAAGUUCACAUGAUGAUCAUACUAAUAACAUUUAUAUGAGAUCACCCAUACGUGAUCAUAUGGACAAUAAUCAUCAACCAGCUACAAUUGAUAAAAAUAAUGAUGCAAAUAAUGAUAUUAAUAAUAGUAAUAAUAAUAAACAGAAAGAAUCCAGACUUCAACUUCGUAAGCUUCAUACAGAAAGUGGUGAAUAUGAAUUAGGCUCACUUGCUGAUGGUGUUUCAGAAGAAAAUUUACAUUCUAUUAGUUAUAAAACAGAUUCCACAGAACAUACAACUAUUAAUGUUUAUGAAACAGAGGAGGAACAACGCUUAGAUAAUGUCGGUCAAAUCAAAUCAAUCAAAAAUACCACGAAAUCAAUUAGAAAAUGUUUCAAUAGUUUACCAGAACAUCGACAUGGUUUAGACUUAACAAAAAAGUCGGCUAAGACGCGUCCCGAAAUUCCACUUCAAUGGUCAUCAUUCCAUAAUGAUCAGAAAUUAUCUCUUGAAAAGAGUAUCACUCCUACUAAUACUACUACUACUACUACUGCUAUACAUCAAACUGAAUCAAAUGAAGCUCGUAUUUCAUUUAAUUUAGAUGAUUUAUCUAAAAUAUAUUUAAACAGUCAGAAAUUGGCCAGUUUACAAACACCACUAAGCAAUACUUCUAUCACGAAUACCACUUCUACUACCACCACUGAUAAUAAUAAUAAUGGAAUAACGAAAGCUGCUAAUGGUAAAAUGUCAAAAGAUUCAUUUCUAAAUGGUCAUAAUAAAACUGAUAUGAAUAACUAUGAUACAUUAAAGAAAAGAGUAUCUCUUAAAGAAUUUAUUGACCGUAAAAGUUCUAGUAAAAUUAUACAAUCUGAAUCAUUCCAUUCCCAUAGUCCAAUGGAACAAAUUCGUUAUUGGCGUUCAAUUGCAUCAGUAGCUCAAGCUAAUGCAGCAGGUCAAUUAGCUAAAACUGAGAAAUUAACUCAAGAAUUAGCCAGAUUACGUUGGGACUUGAGUAUAUCACAUAUGGAAAAUAAUUUAUUACGUCAAAAUUUAGCAUCUGUUCAAGCGGAACUAAAUCAUGUUCGUCAAAUUCCUAAAGACAUUACAAAUUAUAAACAACAUAAUGAAAGUAUACAUCCAAUAUUAUUUCCUUAA